AGGUGAUUGGCAGCUCUUUGUUUCAGCCCCCCCUCACCCGCCUGCUGCCCCCCCUCCAACUCCCUCCUUCGUCCCUCCGCCCCCCGCUCCUGCUCUCCGCCUAGCCGUUUUCCCUCCCAGCUGCCUGCCUGCCAGGGGUAGUGAGCCGGCUAAGCGGCAUGGAGACACAGGAACUUCGGGGGGCAUUGGCUCUUCUCCUCCUUUGCUCUUUCGCAUCUGCCAGUCAGGACCUUCAGGUAAUUGACCUGCUGACUGUGGGCGAGUCCCGGCAGAUGGUGGCUGUGGCAGAGAAGAUCCGGACAGCUUUACUCACUGCUGGGGACAUCUACCUCUUGUCUACCUUCCGCCUCCCCCCUAAACAAGGCGGUAUCCUCUUUGGCCUCUACUCUCGUCAAGACAACACACGAUGGCUGGAGGCCUCUGUUGUGGGCAAGAUCAACAAAGUACUGGUGCGGUACCAGCGGGAAGAUGGCAAAGUCCAUGCAGUGAACCUACAGCAAGCAGGCCUGGCUGAUGGGCGCACACACACGGCUCUCCUGCGGCUUCGAGGACCCUCCCGACCUAGCCCUGGCCUGCAGCUCUAUGUGGACUGUAAACUGGGUGACCAACAUGCUGGCCUUCCAGCACUGGCCCCCAUUCCUCCAGCAGAGGUCAGUGGGCUGGAGAUUAGAACUGGACAGAAGGCUUAUCUGAGGAUGCAGGGCUUUGUGGAAUCAAUGAAAAUUAUUCUGGGUGGGUCCAUGGCCCGGGUAGGAGCCCUGAGUGAGUGUCCAUUCCAAGGAGAUGAGUCCAUUCACAGUGCAGUGACCAGUGCGCUGCAGUCCAUUCUAGGGGAGCAGACCAAGGCACUGGUCACCCAACUCACCCUCUUCAACCAGAUCCUAGUGGAGCUGCGGGAUGACAUCCGAGACCAGGUGAAAGAAAUGUCCCUCAUCCGAAACACCAUCAUGGAGUGUCAGGUGUGCGGCUUCCACGAGCAGCGUUCCCACUGCAGCCCCAACCCCUGCUUCCGAGGCGUGGACUGCAUGGAAGUAUACGAGUUCCCAGGCUACCGCUGUGGGCCCUGUCCCCCUGGCCUUCAGGGCAAUGGCACCCACUGUGAUGACAUCAAUGAGUGUGCUCACGCUGACCCCUGUUUCCCUGGCUCCAGCUGCAUCAACACCAUGCCUGGCUUCCACUGUGAAGCCUGUCCUCAAGGGUACAAGGGCACCCGGGUAUCUGGUGUGGGCAUCGACUAUGCCCGGGCCAGUAAACAGGUCUGCAAUGACAUUGAUGAAUGCAAUGAUGGCAACAAUGGAGGUUGUGAUCCAAACUCUAUCUGCACGAACACGGUGGGGUCUUACAAAUGUGGUCCCUGCCGUCUGGGUUUCCUGGGCAACCAGAGCCAGGGUUGUCUUCCAGCAAGAACCUGCCACAGCCCAGCCCACAGCCCCUGCCAUGUCCAUGCUCACUGUCUCUUUGAACGCAAUGGUGCAGUGUCUUGUCAGUGUAAUGUGGGCUGGGCAGGGAACGGGAACGUGUGUGGGCCUGACACAGACAUCGAUGGCUACCCAGACCAGGCUCUUCCCUGCAUGGAUAACAACAAACACUGCAAGCAGGACAAUUGCCUUUUGACACCUAACUCUGGACAAGAAGAUGCUGAUAAUGAUGGUGUAGGAGACCAGUGUGAUGAUGACGCUGAUGGGGAUGGCAUCAAGAAUGUUGAGGACAACUGCCGACUCUUCCCCAAUAAGGACCAGCAGAAUUCAGACACAGAUUCAUUUGGUGAUGCCUGUGACAACUGUCCCAAUGUUCCCAACAAUAACCAGAAGGACACAGAUGGCAAUGGAGAAGGCGAUGCCUGUGAUAAUGACGUGGAUGGGGAUGGCAUUCCCAAUGGAUUGGACAAUUGCCCUAAAGUACCUAACCCACUGCAGACAGACCGGGAUGAAGAUGGGGUGGGAGAUGCUUGUGAUAGCUGCCCUGAAAUGAGCAAUCCUACACAGACAGAUGCAGACAGCGACCUGGUGGGGGAUGUCUGUGACACCAAUGAAGACAGUGAUGGAGAUGGGCAUCAGGACACCAAGGACAACUGUCCUCAGCUGCCAAACAGCUCUCAGCUGGAUUCAGACAAUGAUGGACUCGGAGAUGAGUGUGAUGGGGAUGAUGACAAUGAUGGUGUCCCAGAUUAUGUACCUCCUGGGCCUGAUAACUGUCGCCUAGUACCCAAUCCUAAUCAGAAGGACUCAGAUGGUAAUGGCAUUGGCGACGUGUGUGAAGAUGAUUUCGACAAUGAUGCAGUGGUUGACCCUCUGGAUGUGUGUCCGGAAAGUGCAGAAGUUACUCUCACAGAUUUUCGGGCCUAUCAGACUGUGGUUCUGGAUCCGGAGGGUGAUGCUCAGAUUGACCCAAACUGGGUUGUUCUCAAUCAGGGCAUGGAAAUUGUUCAGACUAUGAACAGUGACCCAGGUCUUGCAGUUGGAUAUACAGCCUUCAAUGGUGUGGAUUUUGAAGGUACUUUCCAUGUGAACACAGUCACUGAUGAUGACUAUGCAGGCUUCCUCUUCAGUUACCAGGACAGUGGCCGCUUCUAUGUGGUCAUGUGGAAACAAACAGAACAGACCUACUGGCAGGCCACACCUUUCCGUGCCGUGGCCCAACCCGGGCUGCAGCUUAAGGCAGUGACAUCAGUAUCUGGCCCAGGCGAGCACCUCCGGAAUGCCCUGUGGCAUACUGGCCACACCCCUGAUCAGGUACGACUGCUGUGGACUGAUCCACGGAAUGUGGGCUGGCGAGACAAGACCUCCUAUAGAUGGCAGCUGCUGCACAGGCCCCAAGUUGGCUACAUUCGAGUGAAGCUCUAUGAGGGUCCCCAGCUAGUGGCGGAUUCUGGGGUUAUCAUUGACACAUCCAUGCGAGGGGGGCGUCUUGGUGUAUUCUGCUUUUCCCAAGAAAACAUCAUUUGGUCCAAUCUCCAGUAUCGAUGCAAUGACACAGUGCCUGAAGACUUUGAGCCAUUCCGGAGGCAGGUGCUCCAGGGAAGGUUGUGAGGAGGCGGCCACUGGAUUCAGAAUUCCGAUUUGAGACCCUUUGGCCUUGGGGUCCAUUCUGGAGACCCUGGAGUCUAACGUACAGCCCUUCAGGCAGACAGACAGUUCUCUGGCACCCAUCACCAGGGUAGUGACCCCACUGUGCAGGGGUUGGGUAAUUUUCAAGGGGUAUUACUAAGGUACUAACCCCAGGAAAAACAACAGCACACUGCCAUAAACUUUCAGUUGUUUUCUAAAUCA